UAAAAGUAAUUACACAAAUAAUCCAGCAAACAAUCUCUCUCCGACCUCCGGAAAUGGAUUCCCUUCCCGCCAAUAUUAUCCUCAAUGUCCCGCCCUUCUUUCGUCUCCACGCCUCCGGCCACGUGGAGCGAUACCGUGAGCACGAUUUCGUCCCGCCGUCAACCGACCCCCAGAACGGCGUCGUUUCGAGAGACGCCGUGGUCUCGCCGGAAAACAACCUCGCCGUCAGGCUCUACCUCCCAAAAUCCAAAGCCGCCGGAAAACUCCCCCUCCUCAUCUACAUCCACGGCGGCGGAUUCUCCACCCAGUCCGCCUUCUCCUCUGUCUACCACCCCUACGCCAACUCCCUCGCCGCCGAUUCCAAUUCCGUCGUCGUUUCGAUCGACUACAGACUGGCGCCGGAGCAUCCCCUCCCAGCCUGUUACGACGAUUCCUACGCCGCCGUGAAAUGGGUCGGGUCCCACUCCCGGGUCGGGCCCGACCCGUGGCUGAACGAGUACGCCGAUUUCGAACGGGUCUACAUCGCCGGCGACAGCGCCGGCGCCAACAUCGCGCACGACGUCGUGGUCCGAUCGGCCGGCGGUUCGUCGUCUCCGGCGGAAAGCCUGGGGCUGAAAUUCUCGGGUCUGAUUUUGAUCCACCCGUUCUUCGGGUCGGGCGAGCCCACGAAAGUGUGGGAUUUCAUCUACCCCGGCUCGACCGGUCCGACCGAGUUCCGGCUGAUUCCGGCGGCGGACCCGGCGCGGCUGUCGAGACUGAGUUGCGAGCGAGUGAUGGUGGUGGUGGCGGAGAAGGAUUAUUUAAGGGACAGAGGUCAGCGUUAUUACGAAGCGUUGAAGAGCAGCCAUUGGAAGGGGUCGGUGGAGCUCUUCGAGACGCCGGGCGAACACGUUUUUCAUUUGUUUAAUCCGACUUCUGAAAAUGCGAUUUCGAUUAUGAAUCGCGUUUCUCAAUUCGUCAACGCCCGACCUCGUCCGAAGUCGCGUUUCUAAGAAUCGCGCUUUUGGUAUA